AUGGUCCCACUUAAAAUGGGUAUCCUCGAUCUUGCCGACGAGCUUCUUCGCAUCAUCCUCGAAUAUGUUGCCUCUGAACCAGAAAAACCAAUCAGCCUGGAGCGCCGUGCCUAUCUCUCACAGGAGAGCUUUAAGCUACCUCUGCCUCUAGAGCCUGACGACGCCGACACCGUUGCGAAAUUUCGCCUCACAUGCAGAAAGUUCGCCUUGCUCGGGGUGAUUCAUCAGUUCUCUCGCGUUACCACACGCUUCUCGCGGAAAGGACUUGAACGCCUAGAGAAGAUUGCAAAUCAGCCGCACAUUGCGGGCCGCGUGAAGAAGUUCAGUUACAUGGUACCGUUCUUUUAUGAUCAAGGACGAGAGCGCAUUCAGGAGCUUUUACGCACACGGCCUGAGAGUUUCGGCUUCCUUGAUGUCGGUCACUUUCAAGAAAAAGUAAACGAGCAAAGGGACAUCCUACGGACAAGAAAAGAUGCUCGUAUUUUGCACUUUGCGCUCCGGCGAUUCACUUCACUCCAGCAUGUUCAAAUCCUGCGACUGCAGGACCAGCAAGAUGCGGUGUUGAUUUCGUAUAUGCGGGGUCACAACGAACUGAACAGUCUAGUGCCGACAUGGCCACCAGCAUGCCUGCAUAGCGCGAAAACGAUCGGUCAAGCUCUCCUUGAGUCCGAAUCACCAUGCUCAAGGUUCUCAUCACCCAUGUUAAGUCCUCAGAGUGUUCUAGGUGCCGCCAAUAAUCCUCCCUCAACGUUGGGAAUUCUGGCCGAACGCCUCACUUGUCUAGAGUUACAUUUCGAUGAUAGCACGGACCUGGACGUACGGAUGCGGCAUCUAUCCUCAUUGUCCAAGGCACUAUUCACUGCGGCUAAGAACAUCGAAGCAGUGCAUAUUGGUUUCCCUUCAUAUCGGCCACUCACGUUACGACUAGAAGAGCUUUUCCACAAUGUCAAAUGGGAAAAGUUGCAGGCCUUUGGAAUCCAAGCCUGGCGUCUUAACGCAGAUGAAAUCCUGGGUAUCGCUCAGCGACACAAAGACACACUGCGUGGUUUGCGCCUUCGAGAUGUGCUCUUAAAAGAUGGCAGUAUGUGGAGGGAUGUGCUCCCCUGUCUACGUGACGACCUCACAAGACUCGACUGGGUCAGUCUCCGGCGAAUCGGAUACGAAAAACACUUCGACGAGCAGUUUGUCAUGGGAGCCGAAGUCCCCGAUGAUCCUCUAGGAAGUGAUAGCAGCGACGAAAGCGACGAUGACAGCCACUACGAAUACGAUGGUGAACACGACGAUCCAUCCGAUGACCACAGUGGUAGUGGAAAUGAUGCUGACGGUAGCUCGAUAGCUGGCACCGAAUCCGAUGCAGAGACGGAUGAGCCUGAACAAGGCGGUACUCUGCACUUUCCACCAAUGCCAGACACACCGGCUUCAAUAACAUGGUGCAACUGCAAUGGCCACAUGGAUAGCGUGGACGCUCUAGGGGAUGAUGGAGUCAUGGUCACCAAUCAGCAACGCAAAUUCUGGGAGAAGUGGGUCGUGAGGAAGAUCUGCACCGAGCAGCAUGGUCAUAAAUGA